AUGUUUUACUAUCCUACUGCCUUGCAGCGCCACACAGGCUGCUUCACUACCAUCUGGCUUGCUGCUACAAAGGGGAUUAAAUUGUCGCGACGGGAGUUUUUAAAAGUCAACGUAAAAAGAACAUGCGAAGACAUCAUGGACUACGUGCUGGUCCGGAUGCCGCCCCCUCAGUCGGGUCUGCCCCGCCCCCGCUUCUCCCUCUACCUGUCCUCCCAGCUCCAGUACGGCGUGGUGGUCGUCUAUCACCACCAGUGUGGCCUCCUACUGGUUGAAAUACAAACUACUCUGGAGAGAUUGAACAAACAGAAGGCAUCGAAAUCGAUCAACUUGAAUGACAAAGAUAGAUCCUCUCUUCUCCUCCCUGAUGCUCUGCUCCUCCUGCAUGAGACAGAGGGGGCCAAGGACCCCCUCUUUGGUGUGAUGAUCUCUGGAGAGGCCGUGCCCAGCCCCCGCACAUUGACACAGAUGAGUGAUAGGUUUGCGCUUUCUCAGCCAUCCAGCAGUCCUAGCACCCGCACACCGAGCAACCGGACUGCCACUCCAGAAUCCAUCACUCUGAGAGAGAGACAGCCCGUCACUAUACCAUCCGCAGAGUUUGAGGGGCUGGAGCUUCCCGAUCAUGAUCCAGGGAUGAUCGAGUUCCUCCUGGCCCAGGACGAAUACUUCCCCGAGGGCAGAGAGAUAGAGUUGGAGAGAGCAGAAGAGGUCGCAGAGAGAGACGGAAGCAGAGAGACCACAGGCUUCACUGCACCGUUACAGCCCACCAUGAUUGCUAGUGAAGACGCCACACUACUGCCACAGGAGGACUUUAGCCCAGGACCCUGGCCCCCCACAGGGGAAGUGACGCCGGUGGCUUCCGCUCGGAUACCCUCUCUUCCUGGGGCCGAAGAGCUGGAAACACUUAUAAGAAUACGACGUCCCACGUUGGAGGUCCCGAGGAAGAGGAGGGCUCGGAGGAGGGGGCAGCUCCUCUUCUUCGACCCGGAAACCCAGCUGAGCCAGGAGGAGCUGCAGCGGUGCAUCGAAGACCCCAUGACGGAGACGGAAAUCAUCCCACUGGCCCCGGACCCCACUCACAGGAGGCUGUCUGCGGCCUACCUGCUGACAGAGCCCUGCAACGUCUUGCCGGAGGCGAUACUGCGGCUAUGGCGACAGGCUGCGACCCUCACCCCGUUGGGCCCGGACCUGCAGGCGGGCCCGAGGGGGGCAGGGUCCACCGACUCGGAGAUAGGCCAAGAGGCCCAGAGAGAGCAGGACACGCAGGACAUACAGGAGAUGCAGUCCAUGGAGGCAGAAUGUGGUGGUGGUGGUGGUGGUGGUGUUGAUGGUGUUGGGGAUGAGGCAGACUGUGGUGGUGGUGGUGGUGGUGUUGAUGGUGUUGGGGAUGAGGCAGAAUGUGGUCGUGGUAGUGGUGUUGGGUCAUUUGUCGAAGGCUUGUUCCCUACAAAGUUUGAUGUUAACCACGUGUCCGAUCUGUUUAUUUGUGUGCCUGUCUGUCUCACUAUCAAGAAAUUGAGAGCAACGGCACACUCCCCCACGUCAUUAUCUGAUAUGUCCGGCCAGUCCAUACACCCUCUAGAGACCUCAGACAAGGCACUGAGCAGAGAGGCAUCACCCCAUGUAACACCUGAGAUGAAAGGACUGGCGGGCAUCCCAGAGGAAGUCGACAUGGAGGUUGGUGAUCCGAGCUUCUCUGUGGAUCUCCCAGGACUAUUGGACGAUGAUGAAGAGUCGUCGCUGCUCUUCCACACGCUGAUCCCUCCCCUGGCCGACCGCAAGGCCGUGAGCUACUUCUUCUGGAGCCUGCUGGAGAAUGUAGCAGCCAAGAAACUGAGUGUGGAACAAGAUGAGCCCUACAGCGGCAUCACAAUAUCACGUGGACCCAACUAUGAGGCGCCAUUUUACUUUUAGAAAACUGACCAUCCAGACACAAACACUGCAUAGCACGUAC